GUGUAGUCGCAGUUGCUCUCAUUGGGUCGCUAGGUGCUCGUGACUUUGCAGUUGUCGUGAUAUCCUGACGUUACAAAGUCCUGGUAGUCGCGCGUAUAUCAGGCUAGCGACAGCCUGACCUGCGACAAAUGGGAAGUUUGGAUGCAGAGGAGGCAUCUGUCUCCCUUGAUGAUGACAGGGAGAUGUUAGGCGUACAUUCCGCAUCAGAUGAUAUGCAUCCGCCAAUAUUGGAGGAAGGCACUCCUUUCUUCUUGCAGAACCUCUGGACAUUCGUGACAACAUUCUUCACCAAUCAUGGAUGGCUGACUCUUGGCUUGAUCUUCAUCAUCCUCUGGCUUUGGGGUAUCCUGAAACCAAAGUUUCAAAAAUGGGCUCAGAGUAGAGAAGACCACAUCAUGGCUGCUGCGUAUCACAAGGAUCCAGACCUGGUGAUUCAGAGGCAUGAGAAAGCAGCAGAAGCUAGGCUUCGUUUGCAAGAGAAAUACGAUCAAGAUGCAGCUGCAUAUGCUGAAAGGAUGAGGCAGAAAGAAGAGGAGAAACGGAAAGCCAAAUUGCAGCAGAUGGAGAGAGAAGGGAGGGCAUUGGGCACAACGGGAAAAAUGAAAGUGGAGGAGCGUAAACCCACGAGUCCGGAUACGAACUCGUGCGAUGUUCGCCCGAGAAGAAAUGUUCUGAGGGCAGACUUCAAUCCCUUGAUGGGACCCAGUGGGGGCGCCUUCCGACCACAGCCUAGGGGGGGAGAGUCUUGCAGCCAUGCUGUGGGCCUCGAGUGUUGGAAGAGGGGGAACUUGCUGGCAUUUGGUAGAGAUGAGAACACAGUCCUGGUAUAUACCUCUGGCAACUUGCUCUGCUUCUAUGAUGUUGCAAAGUCCACCACCUCCUUCUUUGAGCUGUCACAAGAUGUCAAGUCCGUGACUUGCUUGGCAGGUUCAAGGGAGAAGAAUCUGAUUGGGAUUGGGGAGCGACUGAGACAGGGCUGUGUGAUCAAGAUACUUGAAUGGCCAAGCAUGGAGGAAGUUUCAUCUCUGGAGUGCUCUGAUGCAUCCACCAUCCUCUCCCUCAGCUUCAAUUGCGAGGAGCCGAGCCUCAUAUGCAGUGUGACAUCUAUCCCUCCUUGUAUGCUCACCAUAUGGGAUUGGAAAGUUGGUGGGAAGAUGUUGGAGAAAGAGGCCCAUCCAAGUCUCCCCGUUUAUUCUGCUGCCUUUUCGUCAUACAACAAGGGAUUUAUCACAUCUGUUGGAGAAGAACACAUUCGAUUCUGGAGACUCGCUGACACCCUCACUGGCCUGAAGUUGAAAUGCGAGGAAGGGAAGUUUGGCCUCCAUGAUGUGUCUGACUUCCAGGCCUUACUCAAUCUCCCUGAUGGCAAGGCAGUGACAGGAAACUUCAAAGGCAAUGUUUACCUUUGGGAACGAAGUCAAGUGAAGAUUGAGGCAAAAAGAACAGGAGGAAAGCCAGCACAUGGAGGUUCUAUUGUACAGUGUUUUCUGGAAGAAGGAGAGCUCACAACUCUGGGUGGAGAUGGUGUUGUUAGAGUGUGGGAUUAUGAAUCAAUGGAGAAUGGAGAUCCUCCUAUCAUUGGCUUGGACCCUAUGAAUGAGCUAAGGAUACCAGGUGCGUGCCCACAUUCCAUGGUGCGGUCCGCAAGCCCUUCGACUCCGCAUCUCUGGUUUGUUCAGGAUCAAAAUGGAGGAAUAUGGGAGGUAGAUCUUUCCUUCUCCCUCACAGCUGCCAGUCCCCGUCGGUUGAUGUCGGCCCAUUCGUCACCGGUGAUGGGCUUGAGUUCGAGCCCGACAUCUCAUGUCUUGACUUCCUGUGGCCAGGAUGGUAGGGUCAUUAUCUAUCAAGUCCUGCAGAAGAAGAUUACUGCCUCACUGCAGUUCUCAGCAUUGGCUUCAACUUUACUCUGGAUUCCCCCAAUUGUUGGGGGUAAUGGCCAGACACUUGCAGUUGGAUUUGAGGAUGGCAUUUUGCGACUUCUACUCCUGCAUCAGAUGGCCUCAUCUCUUUGUCUAAUUCAAGUGCUUAAGCCUCAUUCCACUGCCAUAACAGCUCUGUCUGUGUGCAAGGAGCCAAAAUUGCUUGUUACUGGAAGCACCGAUCUCUCUGUCUUUGUGUUCUCUAUUUGUGCCCGAGAUGAGGAUCCUCUUCUCCUUGUGCUUACACCUCUCAUCUUCGUUCCCUUAGAAGCUGUGCCCCAAAUAAUAUCCUUUGCACCUCAGAGAGGCCUUCUUGUUGGCUGCAAUGAUGGACAAGUCCUGGAAUUUCCAUUUGCUGUGGCAGACUUGGUCCAAGACUCAGAAGGUUCCUACUUAAAGUACAUGACUGUGGGGAAGAUUUACCAAGUCCAAAGCCAUUCCUUGAAGAUCUUUUCUAUUUUACACACUGGACAUGAGGAGUUUUCUCUCCUCUGGCAGAAUCUAAAGGGAGGCCAGUGCAUUGAAUCACAUUUCCGUUUUGAUCAAAAAUCUUCAAACCCUAUAAAAGAGACUGUGUGGUCAGAAGCUAUGACAUGCGUCUCAGAGCACUUCAAUGGGCAUUUGGUGAUGGGGACACAUGAUGGAGGAGUUGCUGUGGUUGAUCCCAAGCACCCUAGGAAGCCCCAGGCAGAGAUUUUCCUUCACAACACAUCAGCUGGGCCAGUGAGGGCUGUCAACGUGAGUCACGACUCCGCCUUUGCCUUUUCGGCUGGAGCAGAUGGGAAUGUCUUCUUUUAUUCCCUCACUGGUGAAGAACCUCCAGAGGAAGUCUUAUCCCUUCAGAAUCUGAAGGGGGAUGCCCCUCUUGUGGCGGACAUUGAAGACCCAGCCCACCCAUCGUUGGAAGUGGCGCUACAAAACACGCAGAGAGAAAAGGAGAUGAAGACGUCUGAGGAACGAAAGGCCGAGGUGAAGCGGGAGGUGGCCCGGCUUCGCAAGGCAUUCAAGCAGCUUCUCCUUGGCAAUGAGAAGCUACCAAUUCACAUGAGAUUGAAAGAAGAGGACCUACGCCUUGAUGAGCAGGUGUAUGAACCCCUGGAGCAGCAAUUCCAGGCUGAGAAAAGAAAGGUGGAAGAAGGCAUGAGGAAGCGAGUGGAGUUGGCCAGGUGCCUCUAUGAGAAGCUCCAUUCUCACCUGGUUCUGCCAUGGCUCUGGGAGCCUCUAGCUGUCAAGGCUGUCCGGGCUGAGGUCAUGGUAGAAACCAUUCCUGUCAAAAAAUUCCCUCCAGAGCUUAAGGCAGAAGCAGAGGAGCUGAGGAAGGAGGUGACCAAACGGCUCAGUUUUCUUCCUUCUGAUUACAGGUUUUCACACGACUUAGAACAUCUGAGCGUGGAUCGAGAGAGCAAGGAGAGGAUCUCGUCGGACGAGGAGUUCCAUGGUCUACUCGUGACCAAGCGAGAAUUCCAGCCUUGUCUGGUGGAUGAGAAGGACCUGAGGAAGAAGCGGGCGUUUCAACGAUGGCAACAGCUGCGAGAGCAGCAGCAGAAGAGGGCCUCUCUUAUGGAAGAGCUGGAGAGGAAGAAGCCAAAAGAAGAUCUCAUGUUUCUUAAAUCGGACACGUGUCAAGGGCGAAACCUGAGGAUCCAAUCGGAGGACGAUUUCUGCCCUUCGGUUGAUCUUGUCGACCCGAUCUGUAUUCGCUCUUCCCUCCUUGAUUUGCAGUUGGAGUUGUUGGGUGUACGUUGCGAGUUCAACGAGGCCAUCAAAUCCCUCCGAGACAAGAAGAAUGACUUGAAUGCUAAGAUAGCGGUAUUGAGUGAAAAAAUCACCGAUUUGCAGAGGGAAUUCCCCCUGGGGCUCAUUCUCCCUCUCCCUCCAAACAUUGAAUUUGAGGCAUCUGAGUCCCCUGAGAAGAUUUGGCAGGUGACAAAUGAGAGCUUAAGGCAGCUGGAGGAAGAGUUGGGUGGCGAACGAAGCAGUGACCAAGACCAGUCCCCAGAAACCCAGUCAGAAAAGAGCAACAGCGUCGGAGGCUCUCGGAGGACGAGCCAGUCCGGGUCUCUCUUUCCGCCUGCCCUCAGUCGCCGGACGAGCGAGGUGUCCCUGAGCGGAGAGAAAUGGACCAAAGAGCUGGCAGUUCCGGGAGAACUUCUUGAGGCAGAGCUGGAAGAGGAGGAUGCCGCCCCACUGGAAUACGUUCAGUCCGAGCUGGAGAAGGAGCUUCGACAGCAGCAGCUACAGAGGGCAGUGUCGGAGAGAGACCGGCUGCUGGCGGAGGCGGACGCGUCGAUCGACGCGUUCGAUCGAGAGGUGGAAGGGAUGUACGCCCGGAGGAUCGACGUCGACCUCGUCCUGGCGAGAGGGGAGCUGCAGGUUCUUCUCUUGGAGGAGAAGUGGCUGGCGCUCAAGGAUUACCUUCCUCGAGAGGAAUCUCUGUUGGAUCGCGUCCAGUCCAAGCGCAAUCUCCGCUCUCAGCUCUUCCAGAAGUUGGAGGAAGGUAGAGGCAAGGAGAUGAGAUUGGAAGCCGAGAUACAGAGAGCCGAGCAGCUGAAAUCGCUUUUGAGAGAAAACUUGAAGUGUCUGAUUUCAGAAUGUCCCAAUUUCAUGUCAACUCUGGAAAAGAUAUAUCAUUCAAAUGAUCCAGUUGGGAGCCUUACGUGUCCCGAAGGUUGCGAUAUUUCCAUCUUCAAUGAAGCUCUAGACUUGUGCACAAAACGACUUGCCCUGGAGGAAAUUCUCAACUCCUGCCAAGAGCAGAAGAGUGCAGUGACAACCAGCCAGGCUGAGAUUGAGAAAUUGUUUCAAGCGGCACAGGAACAGUUCCUCCAGAUGGAGAAAGAACUCAUUGCCCUGCAGAAGGAGAAAUGGAAAACUGUCAAGGACCUGGAAAUGACCCUGGUCAUUUCCCAAAAUGAAAUUCACUGCUCUGACUUAUCUAAGGCCAUUGUCAUGCCCUCAGAGGUCCUCACUGGAACAAAAGAACGACUAAAGCAACUCAAGACAGAGAUAUCAGCAACCAAGGCACACUUGAGGGAGAAAUGGAAGAAGAAGCAGACGAUGACGAAGACCACGAUCCGACUGCAGUCGGACCUGGAGAAGCUCGAAGGAGAGAAGAAGGAAGCGGCGAGGAAGAAAUUCGGUUCUCCGGACGUGGAUUCGGACGCGACGGAGCUGCUCCUCCUUUCCCGACCCCUCAGGGAAUCCCAGGGGUCUCUCGAUGCCCUCAAGGAAGACCUGGAUGCCCAGCAGAAACAUUUAGCUAGGGAGGUGGACAGGCUGGAGAGGGAGCUGCUCCGGGUGACGAACGAGAACACGCAGCGCAAACGGACCAUGGAGCUCAUGCAGAGGCGGAGAGACUCCAUCGAAGCGCUUCUCGUCGUCCAUCGAAAGGCUCUGGCACACGAGAGUAAGCAUCCGUGGGACGUGGAGGAGAAAAUCCUGGAGCUGCAGGCCCUGAUGACGACGAUCGAAGAGCAAGAAUCCGUAUUGGAAGGGCUGAGACUUGACGUCCUCAGUUUGAAGAGCAAGGCCAGCAUUCCUCCGCCUCCUGCCACCUUGUUCAGUGACUGAAAUCCUGUUUUCUUUGUUUUUAUCAUCCAACAUUUUGAACAGUAAUGGGUAUCGUGAACAUCAUGCACAAAUCAUUGUAGAAUAUAGGAGUUCCUUUGUCAGGAAUGGUAUUUGUCUUUUUAAAAUCAUUCA